ACCGGAAUUUUCGUAGUGCCGAGUACUUUUAUUAUUAUUAUUAUUAUUAGUAGUAGUAUAUCGUAAAAUUUCGUCGAACAGGGAACACCCGAACGCCACCGAUGUUUGUGUCGACAAUUAGGCAGUAAAAACAAUGUGAAACCAUAAUUGGCAUCUAGUUCCGCUCUUCCGCGGGUAUACCGCCUGUAGAAUUGUUUUUGUUUACGCCGUGUGACGCGAACAUUUCGUACACGUCGCGACAAUAUGAGUCCUCGAGAUUUCCUGUACCGGUUGAGAAGGAGCUUAGAAAAAAUAAAAAUAUCAAAGAAAAUCGCCAUUGUGAUCACUUUUAUUGUCACAUUAAUAUUUUAUCUAAGUCCUUACUGGAGAUCAUCCAACAACCGAAGUCUAGAAUAUGAUGAAUUAUUUAUGAAGAAUGGCCUAUUUGAGAAGUUAUCUUUUCAUAAGCAAGCUUAUGAUAUGUUUGAUGCCAACAUUAGACAUGAACCAUUGGAUCUUGAUGAAAAGCCUUACAAAGAAUUUAUAGGAAAUGGUUAUUUUGGAAUAACACUAGAUUAUGAUUCUCCAAUAUAUAUAAAAGGCAAUAGAGCAUUAUCAAUACCUAUUUAUUGGUAUCCAAUAAUCAAAAUAGAUAUUGAAGCUCCAUCACAAUUGGCUACAGUUGUCAGUUAUAAAAAUGGUAUAGCAUACCGAUAUGAAUGUUUUUCCAACCGACUCCAAAGUAGUAUUAAAUAUUAUGCAUUCCGAGCCUUACCAACAAUUCUUGUCCAGGAUAUAGAACUUACAAAUCCUACAGAUUUUGUAUUAUUUGCUAAACUGAAGAAACAAUCUCAUAAAACACAUGGUUGGUCAAUGUAUAGCACACGUUCCAUACAAUUACCUGACCUGACGGAAAGUUUUAUAGUUGAAUCUGGUAUUAGUACAUCAACAACUAACAACCCAAUUUAUGGUGUUUCAAUAACAUACUCUCAGUUUCCAAUUAGUGUUAAGGUCACACCACAUAGUAUAUUUAAACUACGUAUUAUUAUCGCAAUAGAAUAUUUGGCUUUGAAAAACUCCUUAGAAUUUACUGGAAUUAAGUCAACUUUAGAAAAAAAAUCAAUUGAAUCAAUAUUGAAAGUCUCAAAUUAUGAAAACAUUGAGAAGACACAUAUUGAUAUUUGGGAGAAGCUAUGGAGUACUGGAUUUUCAAUAAGCAUGUCAAAAGCAAGUGGUGUUUUAAAUGGAGAUUUAAUCAAUGCGACAGUAUACAAUGUUCUAUCCAGUGUUCGAGCACCUUCUUAUGAAAUUUCAUCAUCUCCUGCCGUUCUUGCUAAAGUUGCAAGCAGUCUUUCAUAUGUUGAAGGUUGUUAUGGUGCAAACCAUGAUACUUUACAAGCUGUAGGUUUAUGGACAAAUCUUUCUUCAAUUGAAAAAAUUAACAAUGCUGUGUCAUUAUGGAUUCUUACUUUAGAAAAACAAGGAUGUCAUAAUCUUGUUAAAGCAGGGGCUGCUGGAGUAGCUCAAGCAAUGGUUUUAAGUUUUGGUAAUUUUCGAUUUAGCAACCAACAUUUGGAAUUUAAUAUGCAUCCAAAAUUUUUACACAGAGAUUUUUAUUUCCGGCGCCUCAAUUAUGGAAAUAUGACUCACAUCAAUGUGACAGUGUCAGUCCAAGAAAAUAAUAAAGCUAUUAUCUCUGUAGCUAUAGACCGCAGCGAUAAGAACUAUUAUGCUUGUGAUGGUGGAUGUUUAGAUGAACCAGUUUUGUUAGGGCCCGAGUAUAAAACAUUUCCAGUUAAGCUGACUGAUCCUGUAACGGGAAUAUUAUAUUUAACCUAUGAUAAAAAACAUAUGGAAGAUUUAAAACAUGCAAUUCAUGUUAAAGAAGUUUCAGAAGCUCCUGCACAUGAACAUCAUGUAUUAGCACUUCAUAAACAUGGCCACCGUCUUGGAGGAUUGCCUACAUUUUUCUGGGUUGCAAUCGGUUGUUUGAUUGUUGUAUUUCACCUUUUCCUAUUCAAACUAAUUUACAAUGAAUAUAUUAACUGGCAAGAUAAAUCAAGAAUAAAAUAUGGUAAACUAGCAUAUAAAUAAACAUCGUUAUAAUUAUUUAUAUUCAAAAUGCUAAUAAAAGUAAUAACUGUUUUAUAAAUAUUAAAUGUUAUCUUAAAAAUAUUUUAUAAACCUUUAUAAAUAACUUUUUGAGUUAUUAUCAUUUAUAUUUUUAAAAUUAUAAGAUCUCAUGUUAAAACAUCUAAUUAUAGAUUUCAACUAUUUUGAUUAAUAAAACAAUCAUUAACAAAAAUAUAUAAUAAUUAAUUUUAUUAUUAUUUAUUGACAAUAUAUUAAUGUCUUACCAGUCUUACCUAGAAUUAAAUUUUUAUAAAUAUAUAAUAUCAAUUAUAAACUUAAAAAUACAACUAAAGAUUUAAACUUAUUAUUCCUUUAAUAAUAUAAAAUUAUUAUCAAAAUAUUUCACAUUUGGAUUAAUAUCUUAUCAUGGAAUGUAAAGAAGGAAUAAAUAAAAAUAUUUAAUAAUUUAAUUGUUAACAGGGUUGGGCAAAAUGAUUGCAUAAUUUAUAUAAAAUAUAAAAAUGUAUUCAAAAAAGUGUAUACAAUUUAAUUUUUUUCAUUAAUAAAUAUUAAAUAUAAUUAUACAGAAAUAUGUACUAAAUAUUAUUAUUAAAAUAUAAUAUGUAAUGGUAUUGAUGCAUUAAUACUAUUUAGUCAAAAAAAUAAUAAUAUAGAGCAUGGCCAUAAAUAGUAAAUCUUUCAAAAAUGUAAUCUGUUAUAAGAUGCCUAUUAGAAGUUAGGAUUAAACUAGGGGAAAAAAAUUAUGUAAGAUGUUGUUUUCCCCGAUCCUCAAUAUUAUUAAUUAUUAUAUUAACUAAAAAUGAAAAAUACAUAAUACAAUUUCAAAAUAUGCACAAGUUAUAAAUAUUUAAUACAUAAAUUGUAAAUUGAUAUCUAAAAUUUAUUCCUAUUUUGCCCAUUCUUAACUAUUAAUAUAAUUUAUUGAUAUUUUUUUAUUAAUCAAAUAAGUAAUAAUGGAUAUUGAAUUUUUUUUUCCUAUGGGUUUGAAUUGUAAUUAUAAUUGAUACUUUCAUUAUAUAAAAAAAUAUUUAUCUUUUUAGUUUAUUCAACAAAAUUUUGCUAUAAAAUCACUAAUUAAUUAACUUUUCAGUAUUCAACCAAAAAUUUUUAUGAAUCCACAUAUUUCACAUUUGUUAUAUUUUAAAUUUUCUCAGUAACAUUUUAUUAUUAAAAAAUUAAGGAUUAAUCACUUUGUUUAAAAAUGUAUAAUAAGAACUAUAUUCAAAAGAAAAUAUAUUUAUCUGCACCACUUUCACAAUCAGGGGCGGACAGAAGAUCGGGAAAUUUCGACACCGUUUCAUUUUGCGGCAUAAUUUUCAAAUUAUUUUUAUAUUAAAACAUGGUUUUUAAUUUUGUUAUUUAGAAAGUGAUAAAUAAUCACAAAAAAAUAUUAAUUAUUAUUUGAAACGAUUUUAAAUCUUAAUAAUUCACUAUCUGAAUUCUGAAAAUUGAGGAUGACAUGAAACUUCUCCAAUAUGGAAAACUAGUUAAAAAAAUUUACAGUAGAUACACUAAGCUCAAACAAAGAAUUUUUUGUCUUAAGGAAAGAGUGACAAGCGACUCUCUACAGAUGAAAUGGAUUGAUUAUUUUGAUAACUUUAGUUAUUUAAUUAAACACAACAAAUAAUUUUAACUAGUUCAAAAAAACUUUACUCGAAAAAUAAGUUUAGCGACAUGGGAGCCGACCAUUUGUAUCUCACCAUGUUGUCUCCACGGAUAAAUUUUCCCGGAUAAUGUUUUGAAAUCUAAUUUUUCUUAAUUCUUAUUGUUUAAUUGUUACGUUUUUGUAAAACCACAUAUUUUAUAUUUUUCUAUAGUAUUUGAAUAAAAAUGUUGAUAAAAACUUACAAAGAUAAUAAUAAAAGGGCAAUACUUAUGGGAUAUUGGGUUUUAAAAAUUCAUAUAACUUUCAAUUUUAAUAAUUAAGGCUCGGAAAUUGAGUAGAGGUUUUACUGUAUUUUAUUAAUCCUUAUUUCACCUAUGGUUACAUUAAACAUCCCUAUAAUUGUUAUAUUUUGUAAAACUAAAAAUCUAGACUGCAGAUUAAAAAAAUUAAAAAAUUACAUUUCAUAAAUUAUUAAUUUCUCAAGCCAAUUGAUUGAUUGAUGAUUAUUUAAUCAUAACCAUGUAUUUCUAAAACGUGUUAUGUGUCUACUGUUAUUAUUUAUAUUAUGAAUAUUAAACUGAGAAAAUGUGUGGUUUUUUAAACAUAAGUGCUGUUAUUAGUAUAAGAUUAAACAAUGGUUUUUGGGCUACUUUGAAAAAAAAUUCCCAGGUCACUCUGAAGGCGCCAGUCCGCCCCUGUUCACAACUAACAAUGAUUUCUGAAUUCAUACAUUAAUUUACAUCAACCAAAUUAAUGUAGUUUGAUUAAUAUUUAACAACAUAUUUUUAAUAUAUUUCAUUAGCACAUGGACCAAAAAUCUUACAACAAAAAUAAAAAUUACAAAGAUGAUUUAAAUAAAAUAAAAUAUUUUAAUAUUAAUAAAUUGUGAUGUAUACCAUACUUAAUUGUAAAAAAUAUAUUUACCUAUAGUUACAAUAUGUUUUAGUAGUACUUACUAUAUUACCUAUUAAUCAAUAAGAAACAAAUAAUUAAUAUCAACAAAUUAAUUAAGCAAUUUGUUAAAAUAGUAAAUAAAUAAAAACUGAUAAUUAAUUUUAAUGUAAUUAAUAAAGUUUUAUGUGUUAUUGUUAAAAGUAUAAUCAAUUCUAUUCAGUUAUUUUCUUAUUUAUUUUUUCAUGUUAAAACUAAUAUUAUAUUAUUUAUAUUAUUUAUUAAUUUAUUGUAUUUUGUGAUAAUACUGCUAACUAUGUAUGAAUAUUAGAAUAUAGUCAACAUCAUAAUGCUACAAAUAUUAAUCAGUUGUAAAAAUAUAACAUAAUUAAGUUACCCUAAACAAUGUUUCAUAAAUAUAAUUCCAUUAGUAUAUGUAUACAUUUGUUGUUGUACACAAUAUUUAAUCUAAUAAAAAUAUAAUAUUAUUACCACAUUUA